UUCAUUACUACUAUUAUAUUCCCUUGGCUAUACUAAAAACGGGCCGUAGCAGUUGGCAGUGUCCAUUUUCCCGUCUACCACCGUCCCGGGCGUUUGUACCUGUCAACCAUAUUCGGUUUCGGUCCACGUACACACAACGGAAAUAACCCGUCGCUUUGAUUUAGAACACUGCGGCCCAACUCACUCACUCAUUCACUAAUUCCGCGAGUUUUACACGCAAAAAACAUAGUACACCAUAAAUAUUUUACGACAGCACCGGUACAACUACAGUCGCCAUGAGGAACGAAUAUCUUAUCGAAAUGCCCGAAGACGUGACGGAGUAUUUCUGCGAAGUAGUGUUGAAACGCGACUGGCCCAACAGCAUCCACGUGUAUCAUUUUAUAAAAAAUGCCAUCGCGUGGAAACGUGGCCAGUGUACAGCGUUAUCUUGUUAUAAAUUAUUUUAUCUCCCCGAUGAUAUUGAAAAUGGAACAUUCAUUGGUUUUCUAUCACGACCUGAAAAAGAUUAUCCGGAAGUUAUUGUUACGUACACUUCUCCGGGAAAUGAAGAACAAUUCCAGAGAGUCUUAAUAAACACUCAUCUCAUAAAGUGGAGAAAUAAACCGCUAUUUCAAGCUAUCCCAUCCACAAUAAAGAAUAUUGUGUGCACGACGAUCGAAGAAAAGGGUUUGAAGGGUAAAUUGUAUUCGAAUGCUGUGCUUAAGUGGAUUCCGGCCGAUACAGCAGCCAGAUUAGACUACGAAGUCCCAUCUGAUGUAUAUAUUGAUCAAUUAGCCGUGGAAAACAUUGAGCAAAUUUAUUCGUUGUGGGCUCAUAGUGACGUCUAUCCGAAGUCAGACAUUUGGGAUACCGUGAGAUUGAACAUUGGUUUUGGUGUAUUCAGCCGUGAUAGUCGUGAGCUAUUGGCGUGGGCGAUGUGCGGCAGUUACGGAGGCUUAAGCACACUAAUUGUUGAACCAAAUUACAGAGGACGUGGACUUGGUAAGCUGAUUGUUAUGGCGGUCACUAAGGAAAUGGGACAAUCUGGCAUCACUCCCCAUGCUCUCAUCAAUAUGAAAAACAAUCUAUCCUUGAGUUUAUUCAAGAGUGUAGGUUACAUGAAGAUUCCUGAAAAAUAUCCAUACAUCUUAGUAGGGGACUCGGAUACUUCGAAUUCUUUUGAUUCGUCUGGGCCCUAAAUUAUGGGCAUCUUCCCAGGCAAUUACCUGAACGAUUGGACUAAAAAAAAAAAAAAAAAUUAACAUUCAUGCAAAUGAAACGCAAGAAAUCCGCCACAGACGAUGACGAGAUGAAAUGAAAACACUGAUGAUUUAAAUACAAAAACUGUUGAUUAAAUUUGAUUUAAUUUAAA